UAGCACACUUUAAGAACCACUAAUCUAUACCAUUAUACUAACUCUACCUACCAUCUCAAGUUCCCCUAACAGACCUCGAAGCGGCUCUACCUAGGCGCUUUUACUCACACCUCACACAAGACCACCCUCACCUCUCACAGAUCCCCCGUCCACCACCCUCCAAAAUGGUCGCCGACUUCACCAACAAAACCAUCGCCAUAACCGGCGGCGCCUCUGGCAUGGGCCUCUCCAUCGCCACCCUCCUCGCAACGCACGGCGCCUCCCUCUCCCUCCUCGACCUCAACCCCACCACCCUCUCCACUGCCCUCUCUUCCCUGCGCGCCCUCGCGCCCAGCUCCAAAGUCAUCGGCACCGGCGCCGAUGUGCGCAACCGCGCCGAAGUCGAGGGCUGGAUCGCGAAAACAGUCGCCGAGCUCGGCCCCCUGCACGGCGCCGUCAACUUCGCCGGCGUGAUAAACAAGACCAUGGGGAGGCCCGAGGGCAGCAUCGAGCAGCUCGCGCAGGAGGAGUGGGACUUUUGCAUCGGGGUGAACCUAACCGGCGUGUUUCAUUGUUUGCAGGCCGAGGUUGCGAAUUUCGCGCCGGAGGGCGGCAGUAUUGUGAAUGCGGCGAGUGUGCUGGGGCUGAUGGGAAGGGUGAAUGGGGCGGCGUAUGCGGCGAGUAAGCAUGGGUGUAUUGGGUUGACGCGGAGUGUGGCGAAGGAAGUGGGCGGGAGGGGGAUUAGGGUUAAUUGUUUGCGCCGUAAGGGAUAUAUUGAGACGCCUAUGGUGCAGCAGUCGGCGGAGCAAACGACGCUUAGGCUGGAAAAUAAUCCGCAAGUGAAGGCGACGGCGUUGGGGAGGCCGGGGAAGGCGGAGGAAGUUGCAAAUUUGGUGGUGUUUCUAUUGAGCGAUGAGUCGACGUUUAUCACAGGCGCUGUGCAUACGGUAGAUGGUGGGUGGGUUUGCUAG